CGAGGUAAAGUUGCGCGCUCCGUGGAGCCGCGGUCUACCCCGCAGUUCCGGGGUCCAGGGCGGGGAUGGGGGCGCUGGCGCCUUUCCGCGGGCUGCCACUGCCCGCCGUGCACACUUUGGCCUGAAGUGGAGGGACUCGGAGGGGGCGGGGCGGACUGUUCGGGCGCCGCCCCCGCCCCACGCGCUCGAUCCCCAGGGCGCGCGGGCCCGGCCGCGUUGUGCGCUUUCACCGAGGUCCAGGGGGCCGCUGGAGCCUGGAUCCUGCAGCCGCCCCGUCUGCCAGCAUCAGUCCUGCCAAAACCUGGACCCCGUCUCCCAAGAGCGCGGCUCCGUGACCUCUUGGGGCAGCACCUCUGAGCACCGGCCGGCACAUGGGGCCAUGGCCCUACUCCCGGGGCACGCCGAGCCCCCCAGUUGGCCGCCUGGUGGUGGACCUGCCCCCGCUCGGCACGUCAUCAUCAACGUCGGCGGCUGCAGGGUUCGCCUGGCCUGGGCCGCGCUGGCGCGCUGUCCCCUCGCGCGCCUCGAGCGCCUGAGCGCAUGCCGAGGCCGCGACGAGCUGCUGCGCGUGUGCGAUGACUAUGACGUGAGCCGUGACGAGUUCUUCUUCGACAGAAGCCCGUGCGCCUUCCGUGCCAUAGUGGCCCUGCUGCACGCCGGCAAGCUGCGGUUGCUGCGUGGACCGUGCGCGCUGGCCUUCCGCGACGAGCUGGCCUACUGGGGCAUCGACGAGGCGCGCCUGGAGCGCUGCUGCCUGCGCCGCCUGCGCCGCCGCGAGGAGGAGGCCGCCGAGGCCCGCGCUGUGCAGACUGGGCACGUGGCGCCAGGGAGCCCGGCGCGCGCCCUCGGGCCGGGGCGGCUAGAGCGCAGUCGGCAGCGCCUGCGCGAUGUGGUGGACAACCCACAUUCCGGGCUGGCGGGCAAGCUCUUCGCCUUUGUCUCCGUGUCCUUCGUGGCCGUCACGGCGGUUGGCCUUUGCCUGAGCACCAUGCCGGACAUGCGUGCGGAGGAGGAGCGGGGUGAGUGCUCCACCAAGUGCCGCAGCCUCUUUGUACUGGAGACGGUGUGCGUGGCCUGGUUCUCCUUCGAGUUCUUGCUGCGCUCCCUGCAGGCGGAGAGCAAGUGCGCCUUCCUGCGGAGGCCGCUCAACAUCAUCGACAUCUUGGCCAUCCUGCCCUUCUACGUGUCGCUGCUGGUGGGCCUGGCGGCGGGGCCCGCGGGCAGCAAGCUGCUGGAGCGAGCGGGGCUGGUGCUGCGGCUGCUGCGCGCGCUGCGCGUGCUCUACGUGAUGCGCCUGGCGCGCCACUCGCUGGGGCUGCGCUCGCUGGGCCUCACGGUGCGCCGCUGCGCGCGCGAGUUCGGACUGCUGCUGCUCUUCCUUUGCGUGGCCAUGGCGCUCUUUGCGCCGCUAGUGCACCUGGCUGAACGCGAACUGGGCGCGCGGCGCGACUUCUCUAGCGUGCCGGCCAGCUACUGGUGGGCAGUUAUCUCCAUGACCACCGUGGGCUACGGCGACAUGGUGCCGCGCAGCCUGCCCGGGCAGGUGGUGGCACUGAGCAGCAUCCUCAGCGGCAUCUUGCUUAUGGCCUUCCCAGUCACCUCCAUCUUUCACACCUUCUCGCGCUCCUACUCGGAGCUCAAAGAGCAGCAGCAGCGCGCUGCCAGCCCCGAGCCCGCCCUGUGCGAGGACAGCACGCGCUCAGCCAGCGCCACCGAGGACAGCUCGCAGGACCCCGAGGGCACCAGGGGUGCACAGGGCCCAGCAGGGCCGCUCUGAGCUGGCAGGAGGGUACUGCUCUGGAGCUUCAGGAAGUGCGGUCGCUGGAGGUCCACGAAGGGGCCUGCAGACCUGCCAGAGCUUAGUCUAGUGCACCGACUGACCUCGGAAAGCUUCCGGCUCCCAGUAACUCCUGAGAGCCCACCAGCCUGGGUCCUCUUAUUUUCCCUCGGGUUUUAAAUUUUCUAUGGCUAACUGAAUAAUCCACUGGAUCCCAGAAAUCCCACACCUGGAGCAAAUGCCAAGCUACGCUGGCCUGGGCCUGACCCUGACCUGUCAGCCAGGGCAGCCCUGGCAGGAGUGGGGCAGUUGGAGACAGAAGUCCCUUCUGCUGCCUGGUCACCCAUAGUGGCAGUGCACCAUGGGAGGGAGACAUCCAGCACUGCCAGUCCAUGUCACUUGCAGAGUGACAGGGCAGAGUCUUGACAUGGGCACUCACAGGCCCUGCUUCUCCCUAAGUAACCCUGCUUUGGUGGGGGGCCCAGACCUCUGACCUGCAUUCCCUGACACUGGCUCCUCAGGUGACAGGGCCUCCCCUGGCAGGUGGCAAAGCAGGUUUGCAUGUGGUGUUUUAACAGCCCCCUCCACCCACCCACCAUGGAGGAGGCUACAUCUCCCCCCUGGAACACAGUUCUCAAGGCCUCACAAGCAGAAAACACUCCCCACUCUCAAGUCCGGCGUAGGAUGUGGUGGUAUAGGGGCAAGAUGGGCAGGUGCUCCUUCAACGUUUCCACAAAAGCAUGGGCAAGUCCAUUCAGGACAGGACAGAAUUCUCCAGAUGCCACUUUGUACUUUUUCACUGAUGAGCUUGGCCACCACACCUGAGAUACUGCACCCAGAGGGUCUUGGACAGCAGGGUACCCUCCUCAGGACCCCUGGGGUGAGCAGAGGCCCUGUGGGUCCCUUGGAUGUUUCCUAAGAUUCCACUGAAAACCAAUAAAAAGUGUAGCCUCCCCUGAAA